GAACGGAAACAAUGGGAAGCAGCUGAUGAUACAACUCCAAGAUUCUGAAAGUAUUUUACGACAAGUUCGAAGUGGUAUUGUAUGUACUUCAACAUUCGACGCUGUUUGCCCUAAUCUGUCUAUUAUUCCUUUCCCUGGCCUAAUCACUCCAUGCAGAUGAACUGGGUAUGCGAUGAGUCUUGGAAACCAGCCUUCACGCAAUCCAUGUUCUUCUUUGGAGGCAUUAUAGGGACCUUGUUCUUCGGAUACGCUGCAGAUCAUUUCGGUCGCUUGUGGGCCUUAUACUCAGCCAAUGGCCUUCUUUUGGUCACUGGCUUAGCCACGCCAUUCUGUCAGAACUUUGUGGCCUUCACUGUCAUCCGAUUUCUGAUGGGACUCACCCACACCACCUUCUUCUCAGUAUUCUUUUUGCUCACACUGGAAAAUGUUUCCAUCGAGAAGCGAUCCUUUAUCGGGAACAUAAGCUUGGCGGUUGCCCUCACUGUCGGGGGGGUUUAUCAGCCUUGGUUGUUAAAGUACUUGCAAGAUUGGAAGAUUUGGCAUCAUGCUCUCUUUAUUCAAGUUCUUUUUGCCAUCGUUCCAAGAGGGUUCAUUCACGAGUCUGUGAGAUGGUUAGCGUCUGAGGGUCGAGUCGAGGAGAGUAUCGAAGUCCUGAAGGCCAUUGCAAAAUUUAACAAGAAAACCGUGGAGCCUCAUAUCUACAAAAGCUUUGAAAAGCUGGUUAUCAAAGAGAAAUCGCACGAAAGUCAAAAAUCUUGGUUGGAUCUCUUCCGAACUCCUCGUCUAAGGAGAAACACCAUUCUCAUGAUCAUAACCUGGAUGUGCAUCUCUUCAAUGUUUGAUGGUCACAUUCGGAACAUUUCUAAUUUGAAAUACUCCAUUUAUUGGACCUUUUCGAUCUCUGCCGCCUUGGAAUUGCCCGCUGACCUUUGCACUGUCUGGAGCUUAAACGCUUUAGGACGUCGAUGGUCGGCCUUCUUAUCCAUGACUCUGUCGGCCUUGGCCAUGAUUGUAUGCGGUUUCAACCUACACAACAUUCCCUUGGCUACCGUAUUUGCCAUGAUGGGAAGGUUCUUCAUCACAUUUGCCAUGAAUACAGGGGCCCAAAUAUCUUUCGAGAUCGUUCCCACCGAAUUACGCGGUCAAGGCAACGCUUUAGCCAACGUCUUCGCCCUUGGGGCCAAUUUCUUCUCGCCUUAUAUUGUGUAUUCUAGUAAAGCGUGGGAGAGCUUGCCCUUCAUGAUCUUGGCCUUGGGAUCCCUCUUUGGGGCCGUGACAGCUCUCUUCCUACCCGAAACCGCGGAUGUGGACUUGCCUGACACCAUUGAAGAGGCCGAAGAGUUUGACAAGCAUCAUACGUUCUUCUAUGUACCCAUUGUGCACAAAUGGAGAGCCAAAAAAGAAGCCAAAGAAGAAGCGAGACGGAAUUUCAACAUUCCACAGAUUACAUUCUCUGAAAACGAAACCUCUCUCCUCUCAAAUCGUCCAGCGAAAGCUAAGAAAACAGGUUGUUAAGAACAAUUAUUAUUGUCCCCUCUUGGUUGGUGCUUGAAUCAUUCUUUAUUUGACAUUCCAAGUUGUAUCAAUAAAUCUCUUUACUAGGG